AUGUCCUCUGUCGCUCGCGCAAUCCGCCCCUUUGCUUCCCGGGUCAUUUCCCAGAAGCCUCUUGCAUCCGCCUGCCAGGUUUCGCCUGCUUUCCGUUUCCCGCGGGGAACUAGGAGCUUCUCCCAAAGCCCUCUCUCCCAGGUGAAGAAGUACACAGAGUCGCACGAAUGGAUUGAGCUGGCCGAGGGCGGCAAGACUGCCAAGAUCGGUAUCACCGACUACGCCGCCCACUCCUUGGGUGAUGUCGUCUAUGUAGAGCUCCCCGAGGUCGACCUCGAGAUCGUUGCCGGCGAGCCCGUCGGCGCUGUCGAGUCCGUCAAGUCUGCCUCUGAUGUCCUCUCCCCUGUUUCCGGCAAGGUUAUCAAGGGUAACAGCGUCCUCGAGGAUAAGGCUAAGACCAUCAACGAGAGUCCUGAGGGUGAGGGUUGGAUCGCUGAGAUUGAAGUCGCUGAUGCUGCUGAGCUCGAUGCGUUGCUCGAUGAGGCUGCCUACAAAGAGACUAUCGAUGCUUAA